AUGCCGAAAAAAUCAGCCGUGCAACGCGCUCGCGAUAAGGCGGACGCGGCGGAGGAAAAGAGGCUCAAGGAGCAGCAACGCCGCCUUGAGCUGGAAGCUGAGCUAGAGCAGCUCAAGCAACGCCUCGCCGCCAAACACCCGACAACCCCGCUAGCACGUGGGACACCCUCGGAACGCGUGCCGGCUUCACGCCCCUCGGGUGAUAGCAGCCUUCUUGAGGAAAAGUCGGAUGACCCUGAGGGUGCUGACCGCGCGAGUGCCACCAGCGGCGGUGAAGAUGGCGGUGAUUCCGGUCAGCGCGACACGUUUGUCGACGGCGAGAGUGGAGACGAGUAUGAGGAUGUUCCUCCUGCCGCCGGUCGGGAGCAGCAGGGGCGUUGGGCCGAUGAGGAGGAACCCGAAGAUGAGGAGCCCGAGGUUCUUACAUCUCCGGCUGGCGCACCCAUUGUGGAGAUGCUGAAACAGCACCACCGUGAUGGGACCGAACCUCCCGAAUGGCUCAUGUCCAUUGUACUGCCCGCCAACUCGCGAAAGCAUACCAUCUAAUUUUGCUUCACAGCAGUCACCUAUCCCGUCUCAGCAAUUAGUAAACGAUUUUUCUCCGCAAUCCGUAGAGACCCCACGAGAAAUCGACAACACCAGCAGGACUAGCGAACCUCUAGUGAUGUCGAAUGCCUCACCUACACACUCUACUGUGUGCGCUGAUGAACACCCGUCAGCGCACACUACGGGUACGUCUGCUCGUUUCGUCUUAAAACCCGCAGACCUACCCAAAGAUCUUGUUUUCUCAGGGGCACCUGGGCAAGAUAUUGUAGAACUUUUGGCGCAAUACCGUGCACGUGUGAAACUGAACUCAGUCGACAACUGCCCUGACCAUGUAGUCGACCAACGUGCUGUGCGAUACCUCCCGCUUCUUCUGCGAGGGGCUGCGUACGAUACCCUGU